AUGUCUGCCAAACUCCCCUCCCUUCCACUCAAAGUCCUCUUCCGGAUCGUCCAUCACCUCUCCCACCGCUCCUUCGUCUCCCUUACGCAAACCUCUGCUCUCCUCCGUCGCACUCUCGUCCGCCGCGUCCACCUUCUCGACCUCCCCACGGAGCUUCUGGUCAAAAUCGCCCUCGAUCUUCCCUAUUCUUCGGCGGUCGACUUCGCUAGGACAUGCUCGGCGCUUCGGGAUAUCGCUUUACGGUCUGCAUGGACGGACUUGAAUAUGUCACUCCAACAGAGACCAUACGCCAAUACCUACCAGCCCAACAGCACCAGCGCCAGCCGGGCGUGGAUACUGCGCUUGACACGGCUUGCCCCCGACGUUCGACCGGACUUGCCAGUCGAGGGGCGAUCCCUCCUCGAAACUCACUUGACUGGGAUCUACCUGGAGAAUCUGGUCAAGUUGAUCCUGAGGGACCGCGGCUGGCGACAGCGGACGAUCCGGUCCAUUCAGUACAACCUAGACCGCGUGAUCCCUCGGGAAUUUAUCAAUUUACUCAACCACGUCAGUCCCUUCGUACGGAGCAUCGAGCUGGUCGGGCCGGAUUGCCCCUUCACAUACAACGACCUGGACGACCCGGAGAAGUACUUCCAUCUCGAAGAUGCCAUCGCCCGCAUCCACAAACCCUUCCCCAGACUUCAUCACGUCCAAUUCCCCAUCGGCCACGCAUGGGAGCUCCGAGUGCGGCGUAUGCUCGCUCUCGCCCCAAAUCUCCGCAGCCUCAUCCUUACCCCCAAUACCCCUUGGAGCGGUGGCUGGGGGGAUGUCUCGGUCUUCACCCCGGCGUCGAAGCCGACCACGUGGCCUGCGGCUCCGAAUCUCCAACGGCUCGAGAUCGAGCAGGUGGGGCCGGCGCUCAUACCCAUGGUGCUCAGCCUGGUCAAGGGCGCGGAGGAUGUCAUGAGGUAUCUGGCGAUCAGGGAUCCGGAGGAAGCAUGGCACCCGGCAGAGGAUGAUGAGCUGGUGGACCGUUUAUGCCAUCUUCGUCGUCUGGAGUAUCUCGCCGUACCCGAGGCGUGCUUGGCGGGAAUACAGAAAGGGGGAUUUAGCAAUCUUCGUCAGCUCUCGAUCGAGACCGCCGUGGGCUCUGAAUUCCCCACCUACCCCUCCUUCCCCACCUUUCCGUCCAUACAGAGAAUCUUCUGCCAUCGUCCCACCCACGGUCACGACCUCAUCCCCGUCAGCUUGUAUGGCGGGCAAUGGCUAUCGCUCCCCCAGCCCAUAUUCGGCAUCAAUAGCUUCUUCCUCCGCGCGAUUCUCGACAUGCCCGCGCUGGAGCUCAUCCAAUAUCCCACUGCGAACAAUGGCGAGUUCACCACCCACAAUUGGGAGUAUUGGGGCUCCCCAGCGUGCUUCUCGGCCUCGGACGAGGGGUUGCUCAUUCGCACGUACCGCCCGCGUAUCCCCCAUCCGGACGACCCGGAGGAGACUUUCAUCCACUGUCGCCAAUACACGUCAUAUCGCCUGCACCCUACCGAGCACUACACGUACCGCUCCGACAGUACGUGGACGGAGGAGGUUGACUAUCGAGGCUACUCCGUCCCGGCAAAUUACCUCUCGUGGAUUUAUACCCAGGCGGGAGAGACUUCGGCCUGGGUGCGGCCGGGACGGAACCUGGAGCUGCCGGAUAUUGUGUGGACGGAGCUCAGGAAGUGGUACGCUGCGGUCAAGCGCAAGGAAGCCAGGAGGCUCGCAGAGGAUGCUAUAUUACAGGAGGCGGAGGAGAAAAGGCGGAGGAAGGCAAAGCUCAAAGAGGACGUGAAGGCGUUUAAACCCAUGAUGGGACGCCUGGCAGCCAAGGUUGUCGGCAAAUGGAAGAAACUGGUCUGA